GAGCCUAAUCGAGGUGCUGCCUCUGCCUGCACUUAGGCAGGAUGCUUCGCCGAGGCUACAAGAGCUCUGAAAGGCGAAGAUACGUGAGCGACCGCCUUAGCUGGCAGCAAGACCAGGCGUUGAGUAGCAGCAUCUACCUUCUACGAGAGAUGGGCCCCACUGGCUUCCUACUGAGGGAGGAGGAGCCGGAGAACAGGCAUUUCCGAGUGUUCCUAGGAAAUCCUCAUUCUUGUAACUGUCCCACAUUUCUGAAAGAAAGGGAUCUUUGUAAGCAUAUCUGCUGGGUCUUGUUGAAAAAAUUCAAGCUUCCAAGGAAUCAUGAAUCUGCUUUCCAGUUGGGUCUUACAGAAGGAGAAAUCAGUGACUUGCUCCGGGGUAUACAUCGAGUUCAAACUCCCCAACCAGGAACAGUAGAGGAAAAUACACAUGUUGAAGAAGAUGGGCACAUAAAACAGAAGGAAAUUGAUUCAGAGGAUAUCUGCUCUAUUUGUCAAGAAGUGCUUUUAGAGAAAAAGCUUCCUGUCACCUUUUGCAGGUAUGGCUGUGGCAAUAGUAUUCAUAUAAAAUGCAUGAAGAUUUUGACUAAUUAUCAGGAUAUGACAACGAACAACUCCAUGUUGAAAUGUCCUCUGUGCAGGAAAGAGUUUGCACCAUUAAAACUUAUUUUAGAGGAAUUCAAAAACUCAAGCAAACUUAUGACUGCAGCUGAGAAAGAGCGAUUGGACAAACACCUUGGAAUUCCCUGUAAUAACUGUAAACAGUUUCCAGUUGAGGGGAAGUGUUAUAAAUGUACCGAAUGUACUGAAUAUCACUUAUGCCAGGAAUGUUUUGGUAACUGCUGCCAUCUUUCCCAUACAUUUACAUUUCGUGAGAGGAGAAACCAAAAAUGGAGACCACUAGAAAAAAGAUCAAAUGAAAUUGUAAAAUAUACAGAUAUUAAAAAUGAGAUGGAAGAAAAGAUGCCACAUUUUCAAGAAAAGCAAAGCCAGGUUUAUACACCAAAACAGAUUGUAAAGUCACUGCCUUUCUUACUGAUUACAAAGAAUAGUAAAUUACUUGCUCCAGGCUACCAGUGUCGACUUUGUUUGAAGGCAUUUCGUCUUGGUCAACAUAUAAGAUUGCUACCAUGUUCUCACAAGUUUCACAGGAAAUGUAUUGACAAUUGGUUACUCCGCAAGUGCAAUUCAUGCCCUAUUGAUAGACAAGUUAUAUAUAACCCUUUAAUCUGGAAAGAUACAGCAAUGAAUGGACAAGCACAUCAGUUUGUUUCAAACACAGACAUCACUCAUCCAUCAAAGCAGGAAGAACCAGAACUUUUUAUUCCUGGUACUAGACUAGUCUUAAAGCAAAAUAGACUUGGAAUUUUAUCUGGCAUACCUCAAGGGAAUUCUGAAAAGUUGGAUACACCUCAAAGUCCAACACAUAUGUAUCAGAAUAUGAUAAUAGAUAAUCUACACCCUAUUGAACUAGGUGAUUCAAAUUCAAGAAAUUUAAUCUAUGAAUAUAAAAUUAGCCAACAUUUCCCCAGGUAUCUUGAAGAUUUACCCACUGGAUCACUUGGGAAAAUGUCAUCUCAAACAUGUCUUCCUUCUAUUACUCACAAGGUUAUAUGUCCUACUAGUGAAACUGGUCAAAGCCAGAAGAUGACCAAAGACUCUAAGUAUAUUAACCACCAUUCACAGAAAACUCUCAGUAUUAAAAUAAGAGGGAACAACAGGAGGUCAAAUACUUUACUUCCAGAGGAUUUAAAUCUUAUUGUCAAUUGGGGUAAAACUAAACCUAGUUUGUCUAAAAGGUAUAAAAAUUGUAUGGGUAAAAUGAGACAAAAUUGUAUUCGUUUAUCGAGAAAGCCUAUAUCUCAUCCUUUAAAUACGAAAAGUAUUGAGCUAUCGUUAAUAAUGGAAGGAGUUCAAUUGUAA